AGGAAUCUGAGCAGCCAGCUGGCACCAUGGACUCAGCCUCCUAACAUCCAGCACACAGCCCAGCCAGGGCCAUGAUCCUGCCCUCCAUUCUGCUGCUUGUUGCCCACACCCUAGGAGCAAAUAUUGAAUGUGGUACGAGACCCCUGUAUGACAGCAAAACUCGACACUCCAGGAUCAUAGGAGGGCAGGAGGCUGAGGUGGGUGAGUUUCCAUGGCAGGUGAGCAUUCAAGAAAAGAGACAUCAUUUCUGUGGCGGCUCCAUUCUCAGCGAGUGGUGGAUCAUCACCGUGGCCCACUGCUUUUAUGAUGAGGAGGUUUCCCCGAUAGAACUGACGGUCAAAAUGGGAACCAAUGACUUAGCUGCCUCACCCAUGGAAAUACAGGUUGCCAACAUAAUUCGCCACAAAAACUUUAAAAGAGCCAACAUGGACAACGAUAUUGCCUUGCUGCUGCUGGCCAGCCCUAUCCAUUUCAACGACCUGACAGUGCCCAUCUGCCUGCCUCUCCAUCCUGCCCCUUCCAGCUGGCAUGAAUGUUGGGUGGCAGGAUGGGGCAUAACCAACUCAGACGACAAAUCAUCUAUGACAACCGACUUGAUGAAGGUGCCAAUGCGUAUUACGGACUGGAAGGAAUGCACGAAGGUGUUUCCAAUGCUGACCAACAACAUGCUGUGUGCUGCGUAUGAUAACGAGAGCUAUGAUGCUUGCCAGGGAGACAGUGGGGGACCGCUUGUCUGCAGUGCAGAGCCUGGCAGUAGGUGGUACCAGGUGGGCAUCAUCAGCUGGGGCAGGAGCUGUGGACAAAAAGGCUCCCCAGGAAUAUACACCGUGCUGUCGAACUACACCCAGUGGAUUGAGAAAAUAGCCCAAAUAGAGGGGAAGCCCCUGAAUAGUGAGCCUUGGAGGGUCUCUGUCAAGAAGAAAGCCGGAAAUCACAGUCAAUUCUCCAAAUGUCCAGCAUUGAGCUAUCCCCAAAGUUGGCUUCUGCCCUAUCUUCUGUCAUGUGUGUUGCUCAGAGCCCUGUCCAACUGGGAAUAGAGAGAUGCAGUCUCUAACCCCUGGCAUGUAUGUGAGACUAUGCUUUGGGGUUGGCUACAAACCUGAGCUGACAUCAAGAAGCUUGGGGGGAGGACAGAAAGAGGAGGACCCCAAAGAUAGGCUAGAGCCCUGGUUCAGGGACUGAAUGCAGAUACAGCCAGAUGGAAUAUACUAGUGACAGCUCACUCUGGUGAACCUGGUUCUCACUCUUGGUCACCUGUCAGGUUCCAGGUAACUUCUGGUGGGAGGGACCAUCUCUAGCUAGAACAAAUAAAUCUCUAGAUUUGUUCAGAUA